ACCAGGUACAUGUCAAAGGGCUCCCAGGGCCUUGCAUUUCCUCCCCCAGACCUCUGGUCCCGGCCCCAUCACAGGCUAGUCCCAGAGCGCCCCGGGGACCUGCAGGAAGGAGGCUCCCAACAUUCCAACCGCACGUGCUGCUGCGCCUGCCCAGCCCUCACGGACCGCGGAAAGGGCAGGAGGAAGCCGCGCAUGCGCAGCGGCUAAACUGGGCCCUGGAGCCGCCGCAAGGGAGCGAAACCGGCCCGCAGCCCGGCGGCCGCACUGCGCAUGCCCGCGGGGAGGGGCGGGCAGCCGGAGCCGGAGCCGGCCUAGUGGAGGCGCGGGGAUGUCCAGUCUGGUGCCAGGGGCAGCGGCUCUCGCCGCCCCGGGAGCGGCCCGCAGCAAGAAGCGCCCGGCGAGCCCGGGCAACGGCAGCGGCCCCAGCAAGAAGAAGAAGGUGCCGGCGGCGCCGAGCGGCCCCCAGCUAGCGAGUGUAGGUGCAGAGACCAUGAAUGAGAAUAAAUUUAUGAGUGUGGAUCCCAAUACCGGGCCAAUGGAAGCUGCCAUCAAACCGUUGCCAUUUAAGGAUCCAAACUUCAUUCACUCUGGCAUUGGUGGAGCAGCAGCUGGCAAGAAGAACAGAACUUGGAAGAACCUAAAACAAAUUCUUGCUUCUGAAAGGGCAUUGCCAUGGCAACUCAAUGAUCCUAGUUACUUUAAUAUCGAAGCUCCUCCUUCCUUUAAACCAGCCAAGAAAUACUCUGAUAUUUCAGGACUUCCUGCAAAUUAUACAGACCCACAGAGCAAGCUGAGAUUCAGUAGCAUUGAAGAAUUUGCUUACAUUCGGAUGCUUCCUUCAGACGUUGUUACAGGUUACCUGGCGUUAAGAAAAGCAACGAGUAUAGUUCCCUAAGACUUGCAAAAUGCCUUUGAGUGACCAGCCGCGGAUUGGAAUAACAUUCAGUGUUUUAAAUAAAAUUCUGCUUGUGGCAUUGAGAUUAUUGGGGCAGGGGGGGUUGUUACAAAUUACUAUUCAUAUUUAUGUCUGAAAAUGGCUGGAUUGAAAUGUGCAUGCGAAAGAAUAUUUAGUUUUAAUUUUGAUACGUCUGUAUAUUUGUUAGCUUGCUGACUCUUAAGAAUCCUGAAUGUUUAGGGUGCAGUCCUGGCCCUACUGAAAUCAGUCUGAGUUUUGCCAUUUACUUCAAUGAGGCCAGGAUUUCACCCUUGCUAUUGUUAAGUGCACUGAUAUUUGUCUCAGAAGAAGGAGUGAUCUGAGCCCAGGAUUAGUGACCAAGAACUCCUGAGUUCUAAACCUGCCUUGCAUAUGGAGAAGUCAAACUCUUUGCUUCAGUUUGCCCUCCCCACCCCUCCGUAAAAUACUUCUCUGAAUAUUGUUGUGGGGAUUAGUUGGUUAAUGUCCAUUAAGCGUAUUGAAAAUGAAGAUGUCUAUUCAAGUGCUAAUAUGCUAAUAUUUAUAUUGCAAACUUAAUUAUCCUAAUACGGGGCAGGGUGCUGGGUGGGGAAACAGAUACUGAAUAACUUGGGAUAUUUUAGUCUUCAGAUAAUCAAGAGAACUGUCAGUGGAAUUAAAAUUAUACACACAAACUAUGAUACAAGACUCAAUCCUAAUGAAUAAGGAAAAGAGGGGUGAAUUAAGGUUGCAUAAAUUCUGGUAUUUUCUCAACUUUUGAGUACUUGACUUUGCAACCCUAAUAAUAUUCUUUUCAAUGCAUUUUUUGUAUGAAAUUUCCUAUUAAAAAAAAACUGAAAGAACAGACAUUCCUUCAUUAGCAUCAUAGAAACACCCCAACAGGGUUGGAAUCGUCUGAUUAACCACACUGACCUCUGUCGCAGGAACUAGUGGAGUAACUGAUAGCAAUAGUGGGUUGGCAUCUGCUCUGUGGACCAGCAUUAGAGGGGUGUUAGAUGCGUUGCCAACUGAUUUCACAGAUAUUUGUUCACAGGAGAGGAAUGAUGAGACUCGGGAAUCUUGGAUUCCAGUGCAGGUUUUAGAGGGGAGUGUGAUCUAGUGGGCACAGUCUGUUCUGCCUGAAGUAUGAUCCCCUCUGCCUUUUCCCCUCCAACCUCUCUCUGUCCUAUCUCUUCCCCAUGCCUAGCUCCCUGUCCCAGCCUCCUUGCCCCACAAGUCCUCGUCUCACCCUUUCAGGCAUCCAAUCCCAGUCUCUCUCUCUCCUCCCUAACCACCCCACUGGUUCUUAGUCCCAUAGUCUUUUAUUGAAUUUUAAUGGCCUGUUUAGGGAGGAACGGAAUUGUUGUGAUCUUGUGGAAUAAGCCUGGGCUCAUGGUAGCAGAGCUCUGCCCCUGACUCACUGUUACCUUGAGCAAAUCGCUUCAUUUCUGUCCAUUUCCUCAUUUGUGAAACGGGGCUAAUGGUACUUAGGCGUCUAAUCUCCCAUUAAUGAAUGUCUGUACUGUGUUUUGCACACACAGCCCUAUGGAAGUGCUAAUUAUUAUUAUAGAUUUUUCUCUACUCAGGGAUGUAUACACAGAGUAAUGUCAACAUUGGCUUACUUCCAAGCCCUAAACAGGAAGGUUAAUUAAUAGGAAAUUUCAAAUUUACAGGCUGUAUCUGGGAUUUAAAUGCCCAUUUUUUAUGAUCCAAUACUUACAAAACAAAGUCAAUUAAAAAAUCUUUUUGACGUACUUACAACAGGUCACUCAAAUCCUUGGAUAUUGGAUAAUGCCCCAACUAUAUAAUGCCCCAGAACACAAAAUAAUAAGACCGUAUAUCUCGCUUGAUGCCAGUAAACAUCAAGGCCACAUUCACUUCGCGUAUGUGUUUUAAAAGGGAUGUUUUCUCCUUACUUUUUGUACUGAAGAGGUGUUUAAGAUAAGCUUAACUUUGACAUGAAAAGAAAUCUUGUAGUACUGCUGUAAGAUCAGUAUUGCUUUGACUAAGCAGAGAGCAGCUCAGAGCAUUGGAUUUCAGCCCAAUUUAUUGGCUCCCACAAAUACAUUUAAAAUUCUUUUGGUACAAAUCCACAUAGGAAUGCUUUUAGAUCCACCAUUUUCCCCAGUUUUGUUAUAGCCAUGUUGGUCUCAGGAUAUGAGAGAGAGCAGCUGGGGGAGGUAAUAAAAUGUAUUGGACCAAUUUCUGGUGGUGGAAGGGACAAGCUAUUGAGCUUCCCAGAACUCUUUAAAGUCCCUAGCAGGAGCGCUGUUGGGGCAAAACUGUAGGGGAUCAUACAGUGUCACUGUGUAACCAGAUUUGCUUAAAAGUUUCUACUGUACAGUAUAUGUAUUUAUUUCUGUAUAUAUAUUAAAUAGCACGUUUGAAAACCUGA